AUGACAAGAAGGAGGGGGGUUACAGCGGAGGCCGUGGAGUUUUACGGAGUUUCUCGACCCUCGAGCGCAUCGCUGAGUCACUUUCUCGGAACGCGCUCGGGACGCUCGGGACCCAGCCAGGGCCGCCCGGGGGCCGCGCAAGGCGGAAGCGCGCACCGCUGCGACGCGCGCCGAGCCGCGGGUCCCCGGGCCCGCGCCUCCCUCCUAGCCCGCGACCGCGGGCUCCGCCCCCCCGGGUGCCGGGAAACCGGGACCCGCUGCCUGCGUUCCCCGGAAGAGACCCCGCGGAGGCGUGCCCGAGUUGCGACUUUCGGGGGCGUUGACAAGUGCCAGGUGUGCGUGGGCCGCGUGGCUGCGGGUGCGGGCGCGCGAGCCCGCAGCAGCCUGGGCCCGGACCACCUCCGCCCGCUACAGGCUAACCCGGGCCGCGGCGCCGCCUUCUCGCCGGUCGCCCAGUCUGAGCAGCGGGCGCGCGCGCGCGGGCGCGUGGCCGGGCCCCGAGAUCCGGCCAAGCGUCAGCGCGGGGCCGAGCCGCGGGGGCCGACAGUGCGGGAGGCCGGGGGCGGGCAGGCCCUGGCCGCGCCAGGCGCCGGUUCCACCCCCGGGAGCGCGGGGGAGCGCGGGGUGUGGCCAGCCCGGGACGAGCCGAGUUCCGCCCUAGGCCACUGUAGGGAACGGAGGUGGCGCCUCCCCAGCCAACCGGACCGACUGGAUCCCGCAGCCGCAGGGGAUGACGCCGGUACCUCCGCGGCCCCGACUCCGGGCGGGAAGGGCGAGCCCCUCAGCCCGCACCGCGUCGCCCGCCUGGGCGGCACCGAUAAGGAGCUGAAGGCAGGAGCCGCCGCCGCGGGCAGCCCCCCAACAGCGCUGGGGACGCCCUGGCAGCGGGAGCCGCGGGACGAGGUUAUGGAUCCAGCGGGCGGCGGCGGGAGCCUGCUGCCCGAGCGGUGCCGCGUGCUGGUCCUGUUAAACCCGCGCGGAGGCAAGGGCAAGGCGCUGCAGCUCUUCUGGAGCCACGUGCAGCCCCUGCUGGCCCAGGCCGGCAUCUCCUUCACGCUGAUGCUCACUGAGCGUCGGAACCACGCUCGGGAGCUGGUGCAGGGGUUGGAGCUGGGGCGCUGGGACGCGCUGGUGGUCAUGUCUGGAGACGGGCUGAUGUACGAGGUGGUGAACGGGCUCAUGGAGCGGCCCGACUGGGAGACUGCCAUCCGGAAGCCCCUGUGUAGCCUCCCAGCUGGCUCCGGCAACGCACUGGCAGCUUCUUUGAACCAUUAUGCCGGCUAUGAGCAGGUGACUAACGAGGACCUCUUGACCAACUGCACCCUGCUGCUGUGCCGCCGGCUGCUGGAGCCCAUGAACCUCCUGUCACUGCAGACCGCCUCGGGGCUGCGCCUCUUCUCCGUGCUUAGCCUGUCUUGGGGCUUCAUCGCUGAUGUGGAUCUGGAGAGCGAGAAGUUUCGGCGCCUCGGGGAGCUCCGCUUCACUCUGGGCACCUUCCUGCGCCUGGCGGCGCUGCGCGUGUACCGGGGCCGACUGGCCUACCUGCCCGCAGGAAGGGGGGUCCCCGGGGUGCCCGCCUCCCCUGCAGUGGACCGGCAGGACCAGCAGGGCCCUACGGACGCGCACCUCGUACCCCUGGAGGAGCCGGUGCCCGCGCACUGGACGGUGGUGCCGGAGCAGGACUUCGUGCUGGUGCUGGCGUUGCUGCACUCGCACCUGGGCAGCGAGAUGUUCGCUGCCCCGAUGGGCCGCUCUGCCGCCGGCACCAUGCACCUGUUCUACGUGCGGGCGGGCGUGUCUCGGGCCACGCUGCUGCGCCUCUUCCUGGCCAUGGAGAAGGGGAGGCACUUGGAGCAGGCCUGUCCCUACUUGGUGUACGCGCCCGUGGUCGCCUUCCGCCUGGAGCCCAAGGAUGGAAAGGGUGUGUUUGCCGCCGACGGGGAGUUGUUGGUCAGCGAGGCUGUGCAGGGCCAGGUGCACGCGGACUACAUCUGGAUGGUCAGUGGCUGCGUGGAGCCCCCACCCGGCCAGAAGCCUCGGCGGGGAUCACCUCCAGAAAAGCCCUUAUGACUCCACGGGCCUUGUCGUGCCUUAGCCUGCUCGGUCUACUCCGAGCUCAGGAUCCUCUCCCCUUCCCCCCGGACCGGAGGGCCUGUCCCCAGCUCGUGUGGUGGUGGGGAGGAGGAGCAAGCGGACCCCUGGAGAAGGUGGGAAGGCGGAGGACGCGCUUUGGAAGGCCGGGCUCUGCCCCCCAAAGGCCAGAAUGAGGCUCUGGGCCAGGAGCCCAGCCGGUUGCCCCCCGCCCCUGCCUGUGGGAGCCAGUCCCGUUUUGUCCUGGGAGCCCCACCCCAUGAAUCAAAAUACAAAUAAAGUGACCCUCCCAGCCUA